AUGGAAACAGAUUACACCCGUAAGACCGAUGCAAAGGAGAAGAAAAAGAUCCAAAAUCGCAUAGCUCAGCGUGUGCACCGUGAAAAGCUAAAGUCCCGCAUCCGCCAGCUAGAGGAGCAGCUUGAGAGUUUUACCAGUGCUUCGAUACAGAGCGAUACAUCCAGGCCAUGGUGCCCAUGCGGCGAUUCAAUAUCGUCAUGUGUAUUACCAGGAGUCUUGCCGACAAUGACAUCUGGGCCUAUGUCGGACGGGUUGGGCACAAGCUCCAGCGAUGUCACAUUUGUUGUUAAUCAUGCUCCAAAGUCACUCUUAGGAUCUGAUACCGCCGUCGAAUCGGGUUUGAGCGCGAUUCCGCAAAGUAGCACUGUUCCUCAGCUGAAUCCAUUGUCCCAGUAUUCCACAGAAGGUCAAUAUAUAGACCUUGACUGGCUUCUGACAGCCUCUAGAGCAUCUAAACCCGUGUUAGAGCGCUCUCAAGACCCCUCAUCGUUGAUGGAAAGAGACCACAAAAUCCCAGACCAUAACCAAGGUUCCUCAGAUACAUCGCUCCCGCAACAUAUCGGUUCACCAGAUCACGAUCAGGUUAGUGACAAUGGCGGUCACUUGGCCCAUAAGACGGCAACCGCGCCAAUAGCAAUGGACAAUGAACACGAAACACCGCUGAAGCCCGAUGCUAUAGAGAUGGAGCGACUCAACCGUCUAGUAGAAUGUAGCAGACGUCUCGGCUUCAAUGAUUUGAGCGAUGCGUUGUUGGCCUACUAUACUUCCGACCUGGGCGCAUCAGCAGUAUUGUCACAUGAGCAGUCACUGAAUCGGGUCAAACAACUCCCCAAAUUCCUUUCCAAGAUCAGAGAACAUUCGAAACAAUGGCCGGCUUGGGAGCGGGCCAACUACGUGAGAGAAACACUGGCAAGUGCGGAAGACGUGUACACCGAGGAAUGUCGACUCGCGAGGAUGAAUUUAGCGAAUCAAGAUCCCAAAUACCUGGGCCUUGGUCACAAGUAUUAUACUGCAUACGAAUAUACCUGGAGAGCCUCAACCACCACAAACAAUAUUGAUGGUCAUGAUGCUACUUUGUUGCCGUAG